AUGCCUCGUGUAUCACGCUUGUCCCAGGAGCAACGCCGCCAAGCUGCUUUAAGCCACAGUAGAGCCCGCUAUGAACGGAAUGCGUCCCAAAUAAGAGCUCGGAACUCUCAACAUAUCGCCGAUGCUCGCGACAAUAACCCUAACUUUCGGGAGGAAAGUCGUGCUCAGGAUUCCGCUGCACGCGCGCAGCGGAGAAGAAGCGAAAGGGUUCGCAACCUUGAACGGAUUCGGGACGCACAAGCUCAUUCAACUCGUCGGGAGGACUCUGAGGAACGAAGACAAGAGCAGUUGCGAAACACUGCUGACCAUGCGUCUCAGAGGACUAACCCAGAAAUACGUUCUGUAGAGCGUAUUCAGGAUGCUGCAAGACGUUCGAAUCGUCGACAGGACUCUGAGUACCGAAAUCCUGAACGGGUGCGGGACGCCGCAGCGCGUACUAUUCGGCGAGAAGACACCGAGGAGCGGCGACAAGAGCAGGUGCAAAAUACUGCUGACCAUGCCACUCGGAGGAACAAUCCUGAAUUUCGAAUUUCAGAGCGGAUUCGGGACGCCGCAGCACGAGCUGCUCAUCGCGAGGACCCAGAGGAACGUGCAAGGGAACAGGAAAGGAACACUGGAGAGCACCGACAGCGACGAAGGGAUAUGGAAGACAGGCAGCGAGAACGGGAAAGGGACGCCGAUAACAGGAGAGCAACCAGGAGAAAUCCCAUCGCUAGAUCACAGGAGCAACGGAUAAACACAUCACAACGCCGGGAAACACGACAACAGCGGAGGAUUCGGGAAGAACAAAUUCGGCAAAUGGCAGAGGAUCGAUUAUUAAACUUUAGGAUGGACUCACAAAAUCGACUGGAUGCCUCCCAAAGGCAGUCGCAAAGAAACAUGGACGCAAGAGCUCAACUUUCGGAGGAUGAACUGGAACAGGAACGAGGACAACAGCGAAAUAGGAUUCGAUCAUCAGCGAGGGAUCUGUACCACAGGAACAUUAAGGAAGGCCCAACGGCUAUUUGUAUUUGCUGUGGAGGAACAUGGUUCCGUUCGCAGUUGGAAGGAAUUUGUUUAGCAGAUUUCGCAGCUUGGUACAGAUUUGUCAAGCGGAAUGCACGAUCUGCCGCUAAUCAUAGGGAAGACUAUGAUGAAGCAAAUGAUGUGGAGGUAGAUGACGAAGAUGAAGUUGCUGAGCAAAGUUAUCCACUGAUGGAUGGGUCUGGCUGCGUUAAGAAACGUAGGCAUCCCCUGAUUCUAAGGUGGGUUCGCUUUAGUAUUAACUCUUCACCUUCCGAUUAUUUCCGAGAGCAUUUAAUGCUCUUCUAUCCUUGGCGAAAUGAAGAAGCUGAACUUCUUUCCAACGACAUUGAAAACACAUUCCGAGUAAACCAUGAAUCCAUUAAGACAAUGAAAAGGAACUAUGAUGUGUUUGAUGAUAUGGAGUUAGAAAGAGUUCUGGAAGAUUUGCAAGAGGAUAGGGGAGAUAAUGCUCCUGAUGCGGAAGAACCUGCCUCCCAAUUUUUAGACGAAGAGUUUAGAGCUUUGGCAGUUCCAAAUAUAGAGCGGAACGUAAAUAUUCUUCAGGAUGACAAUGCGAUAAACAACCCUGAAGAAGACGGCGAACUUCAAUUAAUUAGACUCCCCCGUUAG